GCUGAUGAGAGUAUUUCCUCUCUUCUCUUUGUUAGCCUGAUAGGUGAAGUAUGUGCUAGGAGAUUUUAAAAGCACCUAAGAACAGCAGUGACAAGUAGUGACUGUUCUGCGUUCCCAUAGCCCCAACUGGUAUUGAUUUUCCUCAAAGAAUUAUCCUGGAGGUCUUGUUUAGAUGGAAGAGAAGAGUAAAGACCACCGGGGUUUGCUCAACCAAGGAGAGGAGAAUGAACUGGAGGUGUUUGGUUACCGGACCCAGAAUCUCCGCAGAGCCCUCUGCCUUAUAGCCUCCGUGCUUACCUGUGGGGUUCUUCUGCUUGUGUUCUACUGGAAGCCCCAGUGGAGGGUGUGGGCCAAUUGCAUCCCAUGCCCUUUGCAAGAAGCAGACACUGUUUUGCUAAAAACAACGGAUGAAUUUCAAAGAUAUAUGAGGAAGAAAGUUAUAUGCCUCUAUUUAUCCACACUAAAGUUCCCUAUAAGCAAGAAUCCAGAAGAACCCGUGGUGGCUGACCGCCACUCUGUCAUUAACCAAGCCGUAUUGAAGCCAGAAUUAAAACUGCGAUGUAUCCAAGUGCAGAAAAUCAGGUACGUUUGGAAUUACUUGGAGAGGAGGUUUCAGAAAGUCGGGCUACUGGAAGACAGCAACUCCUGCCACGACAUCCAUCACACAUUUGGAUUGGGCCUGACCAGCGAAGAACAAGAGGUCAGAAGAUUAGUGUGCGGGCCCAAUGCCAUUGAGGUAGAAAUCCAGCCUAUAUGGAAGCUGCUUGUUAAACAGGUUUUAAAUCCAUUCUACGUGUUCCAAGCCUUUACCCUAACUUUGUGGCUGUCUCAAGGUUACGUAGAAUACUCUGUGGCCAUCAUCAUCUUGUCUGUUCUCUCCAUUGUCUUAAGUGUGUAUGAUUUGCGACAGCAAUCAGUCAAGCUGCACAACCUUGUGGAGGAUCACAACAAAGUCCAGGUUACGGUCACGGUAAAGGGCACAGGAAAAUUCUCAUUGCCUUGUGAUGCUAUUCUGAUUGAUGGAAGCUGUGUGGUGAAUGAAGGCAUGCUCACAGGAGAAAGUAUACCUGUCACAAAGACACCAUUGCCCCGUGUGGACAGCACCAUGGCCUGGAAAUCCCACAGCUUGGAAGAUUAUCGGAAGCAUGUCCUUUUCUGUGGGACAGACGUUAUCCAGGUCAAGCCGUCUGGGCAGGGGCCAGUGAGAGCAGUUGUCUUGCAAACAGGUUACAAUACUGCCAAAGGGGACUUGGUAAGAUCCAUCCUCUACCCUCGGCCUCUGAACUUCAAACUAUACAAUGAUGCCUUCAAGUUCAUAGUGUUCCUGGCCUGCCUUGGAGUAGUGGGUUUCUUCUAUGCCCUUGGUGUAUAUAUGUACCAUGGAGCUUCUUCAAGAGAUACCACAACCAUGGCCCUGCUCCUCUUCACCGUUACUGUCCCUCCUGUGCUGCCAGCUGCCCUGACCACAGGCAUCGUGUAUGCACAAAAGAGGCUGAAGAAAAAGAAAAUCUUCUGUAUCUCCCCACAGAGAAUCAAUAUGUGUGGGCAAAUAAACCUCGUGUGCUUUGACAAAACUGGCACCCUUACGGAAGAUGGGCUGGACCUCUGGGGGACUGUCCCAACUGUUGACAACUGUUUUCAAGAAGUCCACAGCUUUGCCUCAGGCAAGACUUUGCCAUGGAGCCCGCUGUGUGCCGCCAUGGCCAGCUGCCACUCUCUGAUCCUUCUCGACGGGACCAUCCAGGGAGACCCACUGGACCUCAAAAUGUUUGAGGGCUCUGCCUGGAUAAUGGAAGAUUGCAAUGCAGACUAUGGCAAAUUUGGGAUGUCAGAUUCAAACAUUGUAAUAAAACCAGGACCAAAAGCCAGUUGGAGUCCUGUGGAAGCCAUAGCCAUCUUGCGCCAGUUUCCAUUCUCCUCAAGUCUGCAGAGGAUGUCUGUGGUCACUCAGGUGGCCGGGGAGGAUCACUUCCAUGUCUACAUGAAGGGUGCCCCAGAGAUGCUGGCCAAGUUCUGCAAGCCUGAAACAGUACCCAAAGAUUUCCCACAGAAACUGAGGAAUUAUACAGUACAAGGCUUCCGUGUUAUUGCUCUUGCCCAUAAAGACUUGAAGAUGGAGAAGCUUUCAGAAUUACAGAAUUUAGCCCGAGAGAAAGCAGAGUCAGAGUUGACAUUUCUGGGACUUCUCAUAAUGGAGAAUCGCUUGAAAAAGGAAACGAAACCAGUCUUGAAGGAACUGAGUGAAGCCCGCAUCAGGACGGUGAUGAUUACUGGUGACAACCUUCAAACAGCUAUUACUGUGGCAAAGAAUUCUGAAAUGAUUCCUAGAGGAAGCCAGGUGAUCCUUGUUGAAGCCAAUGAACCAGAAGAUUUUGUUCCUGCCUCUGUGACUUGGCAACUGGUCGAGAACCAAGAGAAUGGCCUGAGGAAGAAUGAAACAUACCUUAACAUUGGGAACAGUUCAAUGCCUGAUGGAGCAAGAGGGAGCUGUUACCAUUUUGCAAUGAGUGGGAAAUCAUACCAAGUGAUAUUUCAGCAUUUCAACAGCUUGCUUCCAAAAAUUCUGGUGAAUGGAACCAUUUUUGCAAGAAUGUCGCCUGGACAGAAAUCUAGUCUUAUUGAAGAAUUUCAGAAAUUAAAUUACUAUGUGGCCAUGUGUGGAGAUGGGGCUAAUGACUGUGGGGCUUUGAAAAUGGCUCACGCAGGCAUUUCGCUGUCAGAGCAGGAAGCAUCUGUGGCCUCCCAUUUCACCUCGAAAAUAGCCAACAUCAAGUGUGUGCCUCAGCUCAUCAAAGAAGGCCGAGCUGCUCUGGUUUCAUCCUUCGGGGUAUUUAAAUACUUGACCAUGUACGGCAUAAUCCAGUUUAUUGGUACUUCACUGCUCUAUUGGCAACUACAGCUCUUUGGGAAUUACCAGUACCUCAUGCAAGAUGUAGCCAUUACUUUGAUGGUCUGUUUAACAAUGAGUUCAACUCAUGCCUACCCAAAGCUGGCUUCUUACCGACCAGCAGGACAGCUCCUUUCUCCACCUUUGCUGCUCUCAGUCUUUUUGAACACCUGUUUCACCUGCAUUGUGCAAAUCUGUGCAUUUCUCUAUGUGAAGCAGCAGCCCUGGUAUUGUGAGGUCUACAGAUACAGUAAGUGCUUUCUGGACAACCAAAGUAAUUUCUCAACGAAUGUGAGUUUGGAGAGAAAUGGGACUGGAAAUGCGACUCUGAUUCCUGGUUCAAUUUUAAGUUUUGAGAGUACCACACUGUGGCCCAUCGCCACCAUCAACUGCAUCACGGUGGCGUUUAUCUUUUCUAAGGGAAAGCCAUUUCGAAAACCCAUCUACACAAACUAUAUAUUUUCAUUUCUGCUGAUGUCUGCCUUGGGUCUCACAGUUUUCAUUCUGUUUUCUGACUUUCAAGAUAUAUAUCAUGGAAUGGAGCUCAUCCCAACCCUGACAUCAUGGAGGGUUUCAGUUUUGGUGGUAGCCCUCAUCCAGUUCUGUGUGGCCUUCUUUGUAGAGGAUGUCAUCCUUCAAAACCAAAAGCUCUGGCUAUGGAUCAAAAAAGAAUUUGGAUUCUCUUCUAAAAGUCAAUAUAAAAACUGGCAAAAAAGGCUGGCAGAAGAUCCCACCUGGCCUCCUACACACAGAACAGAUUAUUCAGGUGAUGGCAAAAAUGGAUUCUACAUCAACCUCGGCUAUGAGGACCAUGAACAGAUUCCAAGAGCAAAACUCGAAAUGGGAGGCCAAAGCACAGAACAGCAUUUUUGGACGAGGCUGUAAUCAGAAUUGUUGUACUUGCUUCACAGCAUCUCCUUGUUCCCUGAAACUAAACCAUUAUGGAAAAUGGAUCAUAGUCUAUCCUUAUCUUUUCUCUCUCCAUUGGAUGAUUCAAAGGGUGUUUCUCAAUGUACUGAACCUUGCAAAAGAGAACUUUAAAUAUGAUUAUUUGGACUGUAUUCUCUCCUAUUGAGGAAAAAAAAAUGCACUUCCUGGAUUACCUUUUUUUUUUUUUUCCCACUCCUAAUAAACUAGUCACAUUGCAUAGCAUUAUCCUGGCUAAAAUGCACAAGUUUUCAUGGUAGUGAAAUUAGGAGUAUGAACAUUGGUAGAACAAAGGAAAAUUGAAGACCAGUUUAAUGUUUGAAAGUUUCAAUAAUAUAUUUUUAUUUGCACCUCCAGAAAUAAAAGAAUUUGGGGGAAAAGCCUUUCUCUCAAUAAAUCAUCAUAA